UUUCACUCCGUCGUAGCUUGGUUGUUGCUGUUGUUCCCCAAUGGCGGCGAUGUCCUAGCUGCAAUCGUACGAAUUCUUCAUAACAUUACGCAGGAAUGGCUUACGUUUUCUUUCCCAAUUCCAAACCUAGCUUAGUAGAUGAUAUUUGGUUUCAAGUUGACAAGAAGGUAGAUGAAGAUGCGCAACUGAGCAAGGACGAGGAUGAAUACUACAAAAAGCUACAAAAAGAAAUAAACAGAGGGAAGGAUAUAAUUCCCAUUGGAAAAACGAAAGAACAACAUACAGUAACAGAAGUAGAUGAAGAAGAUGUAGAUGAGGAAGAAAGUGUUGAAGAGCUUGAAGAUGACACUGAUGAGUUUGACACUGCAAGUCCUGAGGUUGGGUCUGUAGAUGAAGAGGUAGAAAUGGCUGAUGCAUCUGGACAAAAUAAUGAAGGACCAGAGUGGUGAGACAGGUACAGUCUUUUUCCAGGCUGGCAAUGAAAGAAAUUUAUCAGAAAACUUACUUAAUCAAUGCAUGUCAUUUUGUGCUCUUUCAAGGAGACAGGUUUCUGUGGAAUUUGUGUACAAAGACUUUCAAGUUACAUUCUUCAUGAAUGCAACAGCUAUUAGAACACUUGCAAGCUAUUCAUUGCACUGCGACAGUAUAACAUUUUAUUCAUUAAAUCAAGCAUCAGAUUUUUUGUUCUGUAUUCAUAUUGAGAUACUAGGCAUGACUGACUAUACACUAGUUGAGAUGUUUCUCUCGAAGCGUCACGGUGAAAUUAAACUUUUUUUUGUCCUAUGCAAGAAAACAUUGCACUAAGAGGUCAAGUUCUGGGUGAACAAAGUUGAAAAUAUUUCGAAUGCUGUUCGAACAGUGCAUGAAAAGGUGUGACCUUCGUAUUUUUGGCGUUUCAGUCGCAGCAAUCGCAAAAACAUAUUUAUUUGAUUUACUUUACAAAAUUCUAUCAAAAAAUUAGGCGUUCGCAUUUCCGAAGAAGAUAUAGACCCGGCCCUUGCUUGGGAAAGUGCGAUAUGGUAGGAUGCAUAUCGGAAUCCAUUUUUGUUCUUGUCAACUAUUGCCGCUUAAUCGGACCAAGAGAAGAGAACGGCAGAACUAAUCAGAAGAAAAGAAAAGGUAAAAUAGACCAAGUAUGAGAAUUGGCAAGAAAUGUCGGCUGGACAGGUUUGCGAAAAAGUGUGCUGUAAUUACUAAGUUGAUGGCCUAAAUAAAAGACAAAAUGAUCGAUAGCAGUUUAUUCAGCAAGAUUAUAGUAGCCUGCUUCUCCACCUUUCAAUAUAUUUUGACUUUGGUCUUUUCGUAUUUGUAUACAUCUAGUUGCCGUCUGUCUAUAAAAGAUUAAAUAGAUCAAAGAGUGCUCGAUGCUAUUAUCUCACUUUUUAUUUUCCUUUUAUCUUUAAUUGGCCAAAUAUGUCUCAGGGCCCCCAACAAAGGGGGCGAUGCAUGGCCCCCUCACUUUUUUGCAAAACAAUAAAGCUUUUUUACAACCUUUUGUUAUGAUUGUUAUGCUUUCUCUUGGCCCCUCCGCUCUCCAGCCUGGGUCGGAGCCCAUGUAUGUGCCAGUAUGAUUUGAGACAUAUUGCAAUGCAUGAUGAUCACACUAAGCUUGUAACUUGGAGGUGUAUCUCACAACCGUCCUGUUCUAUACACUAAUGCGUCUACACCCCUGUCUAUUCCGCAUCUAGCACUUUAUGACAAACCAGUAAUCAGUAAUCUCCAUGCUGCACACAAACAAAACCCAACAUUUGAAGACAACUCCAAUCGGUAACUGAAUUUUGUGCCUUACUUUUUUAAUCUUAAUACACAGCCUUAGGUGCUCAAUUUAGCCUUUAAAUUUCUUUAUCCGAAUAACAAGUUGAUACUUGCAUUAAAUAGUCAUUUCGUUACACCUUAAGAAGCAAGGAAAAUCAUUUUGAGUAACUUACAAAGAAUUUUAUUGUAGUAAAAUAUAAGGACUCAAAGUUCUGUUCUGUAACAUAAUUAUGAAAAAUCAAUACAUCUACGGCAGUAUUUGCAGAUUGAAUAAUUAAAUACAAUUUUCACUUUAACACCAUUUAUUUAUAAUUGCAGAUAUAUUUUCCAGUUUAUAUUUGACUUGUGGUUUGUAAGCUUCAUUUUCCUAUCGCUGACGAAGAUCUUUUUAUAGUUGCUUGGAAGCCAGAACUUGGAUAGUAAGAUCCUGACGUAAACUUGAUGUACAUGGCUCCGGUGUCAGAUGGUACUUUGAGCAAAGAUCCUUUGCUUCCGUAGAAUUCUCCAAUAAAGGUAGAAGCUGAAAGAAAAUUAAUCGAUUUACCACAUUACUACACGUGCUGGUAAACUCAAUUUUCUAUUUCUGAAAAAAUUGCAUUUAUUCUUCAAGAUUGCAUGAAAAAGCGAAAAAAACGUUCCAUACUGCAUUUAUGUACUGUCUUGAAAACCUGUCAUGAAAUUUGAAUAUACUGCGUGAAAAACAUUACCAAAAUAUUGAGAUGGACUGUGAUCUUAAGACUGUAUUUGGAUUUAUUUCGGAUCGAGAAACUAGAACAUGUUUCGAUUUCCCUUAAUAGAUAUAUAUUAUCCUGUUUGAAAAGAGGAAAUUAUGUCGAAUUUCCUACGCUUUGUAUCUAUGUAUUUCUUUUCUGAUUCGUCCCGUGUUAAUACAAAGAAAGCUUCUAAACUAGGAAUUCGAAAAGUUCAUUAUUCUAAACUUAUCCUUAACUAUACUUUUAAGAUUACAUACUAGCAAGAGACAUGAAAAACAAGGACACUUUUGGCAUAAAACCUGUCUCCAAUCAAUUCCGACUCAGGUACUUUAAAAAUAAACAUUAAAUAAAAAUAUACACUCGAAAGCAAAAGGAAAAUUCGUUGACAAAGUCAAUAGUUGAGAAAAAAGUCUUGCGACAAUAGUAGUAAUAUUUGAAAACCUUUCAUUUCACUUAUUUGCAAAUAAUUGUUGUAAAUUGUCGUGCCUGCGAGAGUUAAUUUCUUGUUUGUUUCUGACUAUCCAUCUUUUUCUAACUUUCGAAGAACAAACUUCUCAAGGACUUGUAUAAAAGAGCAAAAAUCUCAGAGUGAUUAAGGGUAUUAAAGAGGACAAUUCUUGAGGGUUUGUAUACUUACAAGUGAGGGUGGUGAGCGAACUCCAAAUUUGCACCUUGUCCUCGCUGUUGGUUGUCUUGAAUGCCGAGAAGUCAAGUUCUAUUCGUUCAUUGAAUGAAAACUGCCAUACGCAGCUUACUCCUCUUGGGUAAUUAGAAGGAUAGCUGGGAGAUGUAAAAGUAUCUCCUAUAUUCUGCAAAUGACCACCGCAUGCUG